AUGAAAUCAGGGAACGAGGCCAAGGCGUUGGCAGUAUUGGCCAAAGGGUUGGGUCGCGGUGCCGUGCCCAGGGAGCUUCUGGAGACAGCCAGUUCCGACAUAAGGGACGGCUGCUACUCCUACCGCCCCUGGAUAAGUGCGUCUGCCGCGGGUUUGACCUGCACGUUGCAGUCCGCAGUUAAGACCCGUCCCUCCGCCGCUCGACAGCAUGACAGUACAGCGUGCAUGUCCGCAAGAGCUUCUGGGGUGGAAAAUUCUGAUGGGCCGGUUGUGAGACGUCUUGGAUUCAGUGGUGUUGGGAGCUUCGGCCAGGAUUUGACGGCGCUACAGAAUUCGGAGCAGCUGGCUGCCUGUGGAUUGACACCAGUUGGAAGGAGUGAAACGGUCCUAUCAGCAGAAAAGAGUGGGGAAAAUGGAACAACGGGGACUGCAAUGCUGUCGGUGUUUACCAAGCCACCCAGCAGGGCCAAGGCAAGGUCGUCUUGCUUUGGGGUUGCUCAGCGCUUCCCAAGAUCAGUUUCGCAACCGAACGAUGAAACAGGGAUUGAGAGCUCUGGAAUGAAGCGCAAACUGGAUGGGGAUGGUGGAGCCUUGGAAUCAGAUCCCAAGCAAUCAGAGAGUAGUCGAUGUGAAAAGAAAUCUAAGGUGCAAGAAAAGGGCACUGAUGGCAUGAAGAGCGACAGUCAGUGCCUAGAGCCGGCAGCAAGUUACUUCCAAGCCUCUGCACUUUUCCAGCCUCACCUUCAAGUGGCUGGGAGCAUAGGCCAAUUUGCCACCGAUGGUGCUUUGGACUCAAGAGACCAGCGAAAGGUCUUUCCGUUCUUGGCUGUGGUGCAUGAAAUGACAGCCAUAGGCGCCAGGAAGCAAAACGAUGCCAGCAAGGUGCUUCUUCAAGAUGUAAGUUCAUGCCGACAUCUGCCGAUUGGAAGUGAACAGGGCGCUCAACAUCAAACGGGAGGCAGUGGUGGACAGCUUUGGGGCGAAAAUGCACUAUACGGCCAGAGUGCUAACUCAAGAGCCAUCAUCACAGGACGACAUGAAUCGAGUUCUGGGGUUCAGCCUGCCUCUUCCAAAGAUGCAGGCCAUCAUGGCAGCAACAAUGCUGGCAGACAGCCGAUGCAGCUGGAUGGUAAGGCUGGGCAGUCCACAAGCAACGGUGGCCGGGUAUCUCGUACUGGCCGCAAUGACCCAAACGAUGGUGUUGGGCAUUCUGCAUGCCAGCAUUCGACCUGCAGUGCAUGCACUUAUUGCACCCUAAUACCAGAUCGGGGCAGAAGGGAGGAUGGUGGUGAGGCUGGUGCAGCUACCUGCAAGGAAGCAAGGCAACAGCCAUCGACGGCAAUGCAGGACAGGGCCCAUCAAGCCAGCCAGCCUUAUGGGGAAGAGGUCUGGGGCCCAGGGUCAGGCGCAGCACCUGGAAGUGGUAUUCAGCCGCCUUCUGGGACACACCCGCCACUGCCAAAGCCCGCUGCUGUCCAGCCCAUGAAGACUGUGCUCCUGAAAAAUGUGGGCGAAGUUCAGCUCUUCCAGGAAGACAUUGUGGAGACAGGACGUGCACCAGAAAACCAUGAGACUGUGUACAUUAAGGGCAAGAAGUACUACAAACUGGAGGUUGUGGGGACUGGGGGCUUUAGUACAGUGUUCAAGGUGCUAGAUCCUAGAGACAAUGUGAUAUAUGCCCUGAAGCGUUGUCUCGUUGACAAGUGCGACAAGGAGACGCUGUGCGGCGUUCUGGAGGAAGUGAAGCUGUUGAAGUACUUGAGGAGAGAGCCUCAGAUUGUGCAGUUGGUUGACCACCAAUGCUACAAGCAGGCAGGAGUGGUGUACAUGCUUCAGGAGCUUGGAGAAAUUGACCUUGCAACCCUUCUGCACAACCGAGAGGCUCUCAGGCAGGCCAAAGGUGACACUGAACCAGACUGGAACUUCAUUCGGUUGCUGUUUGAGCAGAUGGUCGAGGCUGUGAUUGCUAUUCAUGGUGCACGGAUAGUGCAUUCGGAUCUGAAGCCCGCCAACUUCCUAAUGGUGAAGGGAGCCCUCAAGCUGAUCGAUUUUGGAAUAGCAAAGAAAAUGGAAGAACAAGGGACUAGCAUUCAUAGGGAGCAACAGGUUGGCACCCUGAACUAUAUGGCACCAGAAACGUUGGUGCCUAAGUCCAAGGUUGGCAGGCCAUCGGACAUUUGGAGCCUUGGGUGCAUCCUGUACCAGAUGUUGUACUCCAGGACGCCGUUUCAGGACAUUGGGAACAAGCAUGCAAAGAUAAAUGCCAUCGUUGACCCCAGUCAUCGGAUUGAGUACCCCAGGUGCGGCAAUGAGGAAGUUGUCCAGCUGAUGCAGCAGUGCUUGCGCUAUGUUGCCGCAGAGAGGAUACCGCUAGCGGAGGUGCUUACACAUGCAUUCGUGAGGGGCCGGUAG